CCUAUUUGUAUUUCUCCCUAAAAUAAAGGGUGCGCGUUGGUUCUCAAUCCAGCCGCCGAAUUCGGGAAGCGAGCGAGUGAGCAUUCUUGACUUCUUGGCUUUGAGACAAGUGACACCACAAUUGCAAUCGUGUUCGCUCGUUUCCUUGACCGCCAUUUGCUUCCCCUCCGGCAUAUUUGUAACAGUCUGUUCGUCUAGGUGGAGAACCAGGAUGGCCGGAGCUGAAGCUAAGAAGCCCACUGCAAAACAAUCUGGUGGAAAGAAGAAAGAGGUGAAGAAAGAGACAGGUUUAGGGCUUUCAAAUCGAAAGGCAGACAAUUUUGGGGAGUGGUACUCCGAGGUAGUUGUCAAUGGGGAAAUGAUUGAGUACUAUGACAUUUCUGGAUGUUACAUUCUUAGGCCGUGGGCAAUGUCAAUCUGGGAGGUCAUGCAAGCCUUCUUUGAUGCCGAAUUAAAGAAAAUGAAAGUCAAGAACUGCUACUUCCCUUUAUUUGUGUCUCAUGGCGUUUUGCAAAAGGAGAAGGAUCAUGUUGAGGGCUUUGCACCAGAGGUUGCUUGGGUGACAAAGUCUGGGGAAACUGAUCUAGAGGUUCCUAUAGCUAUUCGCCCGACUAGUGAAACUGUCAUGUAUCCAUACUACUCUAAGUGGAUAAGGGGACAUCGUGAUUUGCCUUUGAAACUCAAUCAAUGGUGCAAUGUGGUUAGAUGGGAGUUCAGCAAUCCCACACCAUUUAUCAGGAGCCGUGAGUUUCUUUGGCAGGAAGGGCAUACUGCUUUUGCAACAAAGGAGGAGGCUGAUGCAGAGGUCCUUGAGGUAUUGGAGUUGUAUAGGCGUAUAUAUGAAGAAUAUCUGGCAAUUCCUGUCAUAAAGGGUAAGAAAAGUGAGCUGGAGAAGUUUGCCGGUGGACUUUAUACCACUAGUGUUGAGGCAUUUAUUCCGAACACUGGUCGUGGUAUACAAGGUGCAACUUCUCAUUGUCUUGGCCAAAAUUUUGCUAAGAUGUUUGAGAUAAAUUUUGAAAAUGAGAAGGGAGAGAAAGCAAUGGCCUGGCAGAACUCAUGGGCCUAUAGCACUCGAACUAUUGGGGUGAUGGUGAUGGUUCAUGGGGAUGACAAAGGGCUUGUACUGCCACCUAAAGUAGCAUCAGUGCAAGUUAUUGUGAUUCCAGUGCCUUAUAAAGAUGCUGAUACUCAAGGUAUUCUUGAUGCCUGCUCUGCCACCGUGAAUACUUUGUGUGAAGCAGGUAUUCGUGCUGAGUCAGACUUUAGAGACAACUAUUCUCCUGGUUGGAAGUAUUCACACUGGGAAAUGAAAGGUGUUCCCCUAAGGAUAGAAAUCGGGCCAAAGGAUUUGGCAAAUAAGCAGGUGCGUGCUGUUCGACGUGAUAAUACGGAAAAAAUAGACAUACCCAGGGAAGAUUUGGUCAACCAAGUCAAAUACUUGCUGCACAAUAUUCAACAAAACCUAUUUGAUGUGGCCAAACAAAAACGAGAUGCAUGCAUUCAGGUCGUGCAUACUUGGGAUGAAUUUGUGGAAGCAUUGAGCCAACGGAAAAUGAUCUUGGCUCCUUGGUGUGAUGAGGAGCCCGUGGAAGUUGAUGUGAAAGCAAGGACAAGGGGUGAGAUGGGAGCAGCUAAGACGCUUUGUAGUCCCUUUGAUCAACCAGAACUCCCUGAAGGUGCCAAGUGCUUUGCAUCAGGAAAGCCGGCCAAGAAAUGGACUUACUGGGGUAGAAGUUACUAGAUUGCUGGUUCCUGCCAGGAAACGGAAUGUUCCUGUGGGGUUCACAGAAAUGAGUUAUUUUUGUAUGUGAAAAUUUUAUUAUUUCCUAUACUGUUUGGUUUAGUUGUCAGAAGUUAGAACACGGGAAUUUAUAUUCUAGACUAACUAUUUACUUUGGCCAAUAUUCUAGACUAAUUGAAAUAAUGACUUUUGGUUAAAA